UGUACGCAAUACGAGAUUAUCAUGCGGAAAUCAUAAUUUAAAAAAAAAAACACACACACCAUAGAUUCAAUGAUUCUCUAUGGCGGGCGCGUGGGAUGAGCUGAAUUGCUUGGAGGCCAAGCUACAGAAUGGGACCGAGGCUCUUGUUUCUGCCACGUGUCCAGAUUCCAACGUCUCGAGAUGCGGCGAGUCGUUUGGAAAUGUGGGUGGGUGAAUCUAACAUCACUACUGCAAAAUAAAUGCGUGGCUGUGACUAUGUUAAGGAUGUUCCUCAGAAUCGGCGAUUCUUCUUCGCCUAUCCACUAUUCUCUCUCUCUCAGGAAUCUCUCUAAAGCACAAACCAUGUCGCCGACAAGAACAAUCAAGUUCACUGAGCACCGAACUGUCAUCGCCGUCCCGACAAGACCCUCCACCGGUUCCACCAACAUGGUCCGAAUCACGGUCACCGACCCAUGCGCCACCGACUCCUCCAGCGACGACGACGACGACGGCACAGGUGCGCCUCCGCUGGCGAGAGUCAAACGCUACGUCGACGAGAUCAGGUUCCAGGACGCCGGCUCCUUCGCCUCCGUAUACAAACCCGGAAAGGCGGCGAGGCAAUCCAGAGACAAGCCGCCGAACGAUGUUGGCUCGUCGGCGUGGGCGAUUCCGAUAAAGUACAGGGGCGUGAGGCAGAGGCCGUGGGGGAAGUUUGUGGCGGAGAUUCGUGAUCCGGCGAGCCGAACGAGGAUAUGGCUCGGGACGUUCACGACGGCGGAGGAAGCCGCUCUUGUGUACGACCGAGCCGCCAUCAGCCUCAAGGGGCCAACCGCUCAGACCAAUUUCCUGACUCCUCCGCCGGAGACAUGUCCGUCGAUUAUCGACCUCGAGGCUGUUUCAGGCUGCGAUUCUAAUCAGGCACUCUGUUCUCCUACCUCUGUUCUCCGGUUCAGCGUUAACGAGGAAAAAGAGCUCAGGAGGGAGCUAUUGUCCGGAUCAACACUGGCGACUGAGUUCAGUUCGAGUAUCCAGACCAUCUGUGAACCGCCGGCGAGUCUGGUGUCGGAUCUGAGCUUCGUCGGGGAAUAUUUCUGGGGUUCCGACACACCCCCAGAUCCGUUGUUCUUGGAAGAAAUUUCGGUAAAACCAGACACUGUGUCGAAAGAGAAAGGUGAAUCCGGGGAUUUCUCGUUUGAGCUGAUGAAAGAUUUCACUUCUUCCGAAUGGGAUGUGGAUAGUUUCUUCCAGGAUCAUUUGCCAUCAGAUUGAUUCUGUUUUCUUCAAAAUUUUUGGUCCCGAGUUUGUGGAGACGACAAACAGUGGUUGUGAUGAUGGCGACAAUAACAGUCGCAUCUCGACCGUUCGUUUCCUCUCCGUCCAGCUGUCAUGGACGGUACCGAUUUGCUGAAGCGGGAAACUUUUUCUUAGAGAUUAUAUUUUUAUUUGCGCUUAUAUAUUGAUAUAAUAUAUGUAUUUAUAUAUAUGUUAAAUGUAAAUAAUUGUCCUUUCUCUUGUUUUUUUGUCUGUUUGUUUGAAGAUAUAUUUGUUUUGGGUGAACGGAUAUGUUGUUCUUGGGCAUGUA